AUGGAUCAACCAAUAAUAACUCGAUUCGAAGAUCUACCAGUCGAAAUUUUAAUGGAAAUCUUCGAUUAUUUCAAGGCUAAUGAAAUCUAUUUACUAUUCUACAAACUAAAUAAUCGUCUCAAGUCAGCGAUUAAAUCACUACCUGUUUUAAUUUUUGUAAAAAAAAGACGUUUGGGCCCGAUUCUUUCGUUCUUCCAUUCAUUCAAGGCAGUACACGUCAAGAUUAGUCAUUUCGAUAUACGUACUAGCUACCAGCCAAAUAAAAUAUAUGGCGGUCAUCGUUUAUUGUACACUUAUUCGUCAACGGAUUAUAAGUGGUUUCCACGCCGAUUUCAUCGCAUAGAAAAAAUUAUUCUUUCUGAUAUUUGUUCACAGUUGCGAUCGUUAAUUUUACCAGCUAGCUCAUCGAAACUAGUUCAAUCUAUAUUUCGUGGUGAAUUCUCUCGCUUGAAAAUAUGUCAUCUUGGAAAAUGUGAUCCAUUCUUUAUCUCGUUGUCGAUAUCUACUCAACUACAAAGUUUUCGUCAAUUAACUAUGCGAGGACAAAAAGGAAGUGAAUUCGAAAAGAUCUUAUUGAUGUGUCCUUCUUUAAUCUAUUGUGAUUUUUCGUGUGACGAUGCCAUUCCUCCAUUUACUUUCAUAAAUUGUUGUUUAUCAUCGAUGAAAUAUCUUCGCCUCACUGGUGUGGAAGGAUUUUUAUUUCACAAUGGUCAAUUCGAUUUUCUUCUUUCGCUAUUUCCUAAUCUUCGUCAAUUUCAUUUGGCAGUCGAGCAAUGCGAUAAACAUCUGGAAACAAUUGAAUUUCAAAAAGUGGCUGAUACUCUUCUUCAUCGACUUCCUUCUUUAAAAAUAUUAGAUUUACGUAUUCAAAUGACGAAAUUUAUGACCUCGGAAUAUGUUAUGAUGCCGCUUGAGGAGAUUGCUCAGAUGCAUCCACUUUUCAAUUAUAUACUUGUAUUCUUUGAAUAUGUUAUGAUUACUUCUUACGGUUUCGUUCCAAAUCACUUCUGUACUAGUCGAUAUGCUCGUCCUUAUUCUGAAUGA